UCUUUAAACAGUAUUCCAAUUAAAAAGCAAAGUUUUCAAUGAAAAUGUAAUUAAUAUAAUUGUUUAUAUUCAAAUUAUGAUUUAUUGAAGUGUGUAUAUUUUUGUUUUGCAACAGAAUUUACGCAGUUUAUACAAUGGGGAAGCGUAGCAGAAUAGUGCAGUAUGUCGUGGCAGCAGCUGUGUCCUUGGCGUCAAUGACCUUGGGAGUGAUAUCAGCAUGGCCGACGCCUGUUAUAGCGAAGUUCCAUGCUAACGAAACGGGGACAUAUAUUUCUGAUAAAGAUAUAUCGUGGAUGUUGGCAAUGUCAUCUCCGGGAUUCAUAGCAGGGAGUGUUGCCACUCGUUAUAUAUCAGACCGGUACGGAAGACGAACAACAAUUUUAAGUAGUGCCAUCCCUAUGUCUCUGGGUACGAUACUAGUAGUUUUUUCCCUGAAGCCAUGGAUACUUUACAAAGCGAGAUUUCUGUGGGGAUGGGGUACAGGAAUGAUUGGAACUGUGGUGUCAAUGUAUUUAGCAGAAAUUGCCGACAAAGAUUUACGGGGCACCCUCUCGGUCGGGACUAGGUUCAUGUUCAAUUUCGGCACUCUACUCGCGAUUUCAGUUGGGCCGUUCCUCUCGUACCAUAUCUUUAAUAUUUCGAUACUAGUAUUACCGUUGAUAUACUUCCUGGCUUGUUGCUGGAUACCAGAGUCUCCGUACUAUUAUUUAAAAGAAGGAAGAGUGGAGGAAGCUCGAAGAGUUUUGACAAAACUAAGAAGCUAUAAAGAUAGUAAGGCGGUCGAGGACGAAUUACAGGUGAUGAAGUCGUCUGUGAGUAGUGAGAUGCAGCGUGACAGUUCAGUGAAAGAACUUCUUAUUGGUGAACAGUAUCGGAAGGCGGUCAUCAUCUCUGCCGGACUUAAGCUGACUCAGAUUAUGACAGGCGUGAUGACAGUGCAGCAAUACCUUGGCCGCAUCAUGCAGGACACAAAAACUGAUAUCAAACUAACAACUGUAUUCAUUAUAUUUGGAGCAGUGAGGUUCCUUAUUGGUAUAAUGUCUUCGAUUUUGGUUGAUCGAGUCGGAAGGCGAACUUUACUCAUAUUCUCCUUCUUCGGCACAGCCGUUUGUCACAUCAUGGUAGGAGGGUAUUUCUUCUGCCAGGAGGUUCUCAAAAUCGACCAGACUGUUUUAACUCCCUACGGAUAUGUAACAUUCUUAGGCAUACUUGGCUCUAGCAUAGUUUCCACACUCGGGUACACUUCGAUCAUAUUCGUGAUAUUCGGAGAAAUUUUCCCCAUGAAUAUAAAAGCCGUUGCUAUGAGUUCUAUAAGUAUUUACGGCGGUAUAUUAGGUUUCAUUAUAGCUAAAGGUUACCAAGAAUUGAAAGAUUUGAUUGGAAUGUGUGGAGUGUUUGGAAUCUUUGCUUUGGUUGCGAUCAUUGGUGCUGUAUUCACUAUUGGUUUUGUACCGGAAACGAAAGGGAAGAGUUUGAGGGAAAUACAGAUUAUGUUACAAGGUGACAUUUAUAAUGACACGGAAGAAGUCACUAGCAAUAAUGAUAAGAAUACUGAAUUGCAAGAACUGAAGAGAGAAAGUAGUCGAUUGUGA